CCUUUGACACGCCUUAAACCUUUUCUUACAUUCCUCAGCUCUCUCAUUCCUGAACUGAACACCCUUCACCGCAACUGUCCUACAUACCCACUAUGUCUCCUACUCUUCGGACCGCCCUUCGACCCUCAAAGGCAGCGCUCACGCUGUUGUCAAGGCAUAGCACACCAACUCGUGCUUUUAGCACAGCAGUGUCCUCGCGACAGGCUAUUCCUGCUUCGUCCUUGAACAAUAACAGUGAUACAGCCACACAAAGCUCUUCUACCUCCUCAGAUACAUCAGAGGUGCCUCCACUUCGCCUCUCCAAAGAACAGCGUGCACUACUCGAGGAGAUGAUCCGUGUCGACCAGGCAGGAGAACUGGGCGCCAAUUGGAUCUAUCGUGGCCAAUAUGCUGUUCUGGGAUCUGAUAAGAAGGUCGGCCCAUUGCUUCAGCAUAUGUGGGACCAGGAGAAGCACCAUCUGAGGGUGUUCGAUGGUAUCGUCAGUCAAUAUCGCGUGCGACCUACAGCCUUGAGACCCAUCUGGGAGUUGGCUGGGUUCGCACUCGGCGCAGGCACCGCAUUAAUGGGCAAGGAGGCAGCCAUGGCCUGCACCGAAGCAGUUGAGACCGUGAUCGGUGGACAUUACAACGAUCAACUGAGGGAGCUGCUCAAGAUUGAUCACCCAGAUAUUGCAGAAUUACGCAAGGUGGUACAGCAAUUCCGCGAUGAUGAGCUGGAGCAUUUGGAGACGGCCCUGGAGCAUGACGCUCAAAAGGCACCACAACACGAACUCCUCAGCAACGCUAUCAAGCAGGGAUGCAAGGCAGCGAUCUGGAUCUCGAGCAAAGUAUAGAAGGUAUUAAGCAUUGGGAAACCAUCACAAAAUAAAAGCAAGCAUCAUAUACAACAAUAAGGACAUAAGA